CGCGGCGCUCUCGGCAGGCGGCGGCGCGGAGGAGAAGCGUCCAGGAUGCAGCGCGGGGCAGCCCGGUGCCCCCCUGCCCCGUCACGGCAGCGGCGGCCGCGGGGACCGGGCCAGGCCCGGGGGCGGUCAGCAGAGCCGCGGUAGCGGCGGCAGCAGCGGCGGCGUGAGGGGCGGCCGAGGGCGGCCGGGCGCCCGGGUGUGGGGGCUCCGCGCCUCACCGCACGGCCCGCCCGGCUUGGCCUGGGCGCCAUGAGCGGCAGCGGCGGCGGCGGCGGCGGCGGCGGCGGCGGCGGCGGAGGAGGAGGAGGAGGAGGAGGAGGAGGGGGCUCGGCGCCCAGUCGUUUCGCCGACUACUUUGUCAUCUGUGGGUUGGACACCGAGACCGGGCUGGAGCCGGACGAGCUGUCGGCAUUAUGCCAGUACAUUCAGGCUUCUAAAGCCAGGGAUGGUGCCAGCCCUUUCAUUUCAAGUACGACUGAAGGAGAAAAUUUUGAGCAGACACCAUUGAGACGAACAUUCAAAUCUAAGGUCCUUGCCCGAUAUCCUGAGAAUGUUGAAUGGAAUCCCUUUGACCAAGAUGCAGUGGGAAUGCUGUGCAUGCCCAAAGGGCUGGCAUUCAAGACCCAGGCUGAUCCUAGGGAGCCCCAGUUCCAUGCCUUUAUUAUCACACGAGAGGAUGGCUCUCGAACAUUUGGGUUUGCCCUCACAUUUUAUGAAGAAGUGACUAGCAAGCAGAUCUGCAGUGCAAUGCAGACCCUGUACCACAUGCACAAUGCUGAGUAUGAUGUCCUACACACUCCUGUGGCCGAUGGUGGAGACCAGUGUGGCAUGGAAGAUGGGGAAGGCACUCCUGGGACCAAGCUGCAGCGCUUCAACUCAUAUGACAUUAGCCGGGAUACUCUCUAUGUCUCUAAGUGUAUUUGCCUCAUCACACCCAUGUCCUUCAUGAAGGCAUGCCGGAGUGUACUGGAACAGCUUCACCAGGCAGUUACUUCACCUCAGCCCCCUCCUCUGCCUCUUGAGAGCUACAUAUACAACGUACUUUAUGAGGUGCCACUCCCACCUCCUGGCCGGUCCUUGAAAUUUUCUGGGGUUUAUGGGCCAAUAAUUUGCCAGAGACCAAGUACCAAUGAGCUUCCCUUAUUCGACUUUCCUGUCAAAGAAGUCUUUGAACUGCUUGGGGUGGAGAAUGUCUUUCAGCUUUUUACUUGUGCCCUUCUGGAGUUUCAAAUUCUGCUCUACUCACAGCAUUACCAGAGACUGAUGACUGUGGCGGAGACGAUUACAGCUCUCAUGUUUCCUUUCCAGUGGCAGCAUGUCUAUGUCCCUAUUCUCCCGGCUUCUCUCCUGCAUUUCUUAGAUGCUCCAGUUCCAUACCUGAUGGGCUUGCAUUCCAAUGGCCUGGAUGACCGGUCAAAGCUGGAGCUUCCCCAAGAGGCUAAUCUCUGCUUUGUGGAUGUUGACAACCACUUUAUUGAGCUUCCAGAGGACUUGCCUCAGUUUCCCAACAAAUUGGAGUUUGUCCAGGAAGUCUCUGAGAUUCUCAUGGCAUUUGGCAUUCCCCCUGAAGGAAACCUUCACUGCAGCGAGAGCGCCUCCAAGCUGAAGAGACUCCGGGCCUCUGACCUUGUGUCUGACAAGAAGAAUGGGAACAUUGCUGGCUCUCCUUUGCAUUCCUAUGAGCUCCUUAAGGAGAAUGAAACUAUUGCCCGGCUGCAAGCCUUGGUCAAGAGGACUGGAGUGAGCUUGGAAAAACUAGAAGUACGUGAAGAUUCCAGUAGCAAUAAGGAUCUCAAAGUUCAAUGUGAUGAAGAAGAACUUAGGAUUUAUCAGCUAAACAUUCAGAUUCGGGAAGUUUUUGCAAAUCGUUUUACUCAGAUGUUUGCAGAUUAUGAAGUGUUUGUCAUUCAGCCCAGUCAGGAUAAGGAAUCCUGGUUUACCAACAGGGAGCAAAUGCAAAACUUUGAUAAAGCAUCUUUUCUGUCAGAUCAACCUGAGCCCUACCUGCCCUUUCUCUCAAGAUUCCUGGAAACCCAAAUGUUUGCUUCUUUUAUUGACAACAAAAUUAUGUGUCAUGAUGAUGAUGAUAAAGACCCUGUGCUCCGGGUAUUUGAUUCCCGGGUAGACAAGAUAAGGCUGUUAAAUGUUCGGACACCUACGCUCCGCACAUCCAUGUACCAGAAAUGCACUACUGUGGAUGAAGCAGAGAAAGCAAUUGAACUACGUCUGGUGAAAAUUGACCAUACUGCAGUUCACCCCCAUUUACUUGACAUGAAGAUUGGACAAGGGAAGUAUGAACCAGGAUUUUUCCCUAAGCUGCAGUCUGAUGUGCUUUCCACUGGACCAGCUAGCAACAAGUGGACAAAAAGGAAUGCCCCUGCUCAGUGGAGGCGGAAAGAUCGGCAGAAGCAGCAUACAGAACACCUGCGUUUAGAUAAUGACCAGAGAGAGAAAUACAUCCAGGAAGCUAGGAAUAUGGGCAGCACUAUCCGCCAACCCAAACUGUCUAACCUCUCUCCAUCAGUCAUUGCUCAAACCAACUGGAAGUUUGUUGAGGGCCUGCUGAAAGAAUGUCGCAACAAGACAAAGAGGAUGCUGGUGGAGAAGAUGGGACGUGAGGCUGUGGAGCUAGGGCAUGGGGAAGUGAACAUCACUGGAGUAGAAGAGAAUACCUUGAUUGCCAGCCUCUGUGACCUUCUAGAAAGGAUCUGGAGUCAUGGACUACAAGUAAAACAGGGGAAAUCAGCCUUGUGGUCUCACCUGUUACAUUAUCAGGAAAACCGGCAGAGGAAACUUACAUCAGCAAGCCUCAGUACCUCAGGAAUACUUCUUGAUUCAGAACGGAGGAAGUCUGAUGCCAGCGCUGCCAUGUCUCCCCUGAGGAUCUCUCUGAUUCAGGAUAUGAGGCAUAUCCAGAACAUUGGGGAAAUCAAGACCGAUGUGGGAAAGGCCAGAGCAUGGGUGCGACUGUCCAUGGAAAAAAAGUUGCUUUCUAGACACUUGAAGCAACUACUCUCAGACCACGAGCUCACCAAGAAAUUGUACAAGCGCUAUGCCUUCUUGCGCUGUGAUGAUGAAAAGGAGCAGUUCCUCUAUCACCUGCUCUCUUUCAAUGCUGUUGAUUACUUCUGCUUCACCAAUGUCUUCACAACAAUCUUGAUUCCAUACCAUAUUCUGAUUGUACCAAGCAAGAAGCUGGGGGGCUCCAUGUUCACUGCAAACCCUUGGAUCUGUAUCUCGGGAGAACUGGGAGAGACCCAAAUCUUGCAGAUUCCCAGAAACGUGCUGGAGAUGACCUUUGAGUAUCAGAACCUAGGGAAGCUCACUACUGUCCAGAUUGGCCAUGACAAUACAGGGCUGUAUGCCAAAUGGCUGGUGGAGUAUGUGAUGGUCAGGAAUGAGAUCACAGGACAUACCUACAAGUUUCCUUGUGGCCGGUGGUUGGGGAAAGGUAUGGACGAUGGAAGCCUGGAACGGGUCCUUGUUGGGGAGCUGCUCACAUCCCUACCUGAGGUGGAUGAGAGACCAUGCCGGACCCCCCCAUUGCAGCAGUCCCCCAGUGUCAUUCGGAGGCUUGUAGCCAUCUCACCCAACAACAAGCCUAAGCUGAACACCGGGCAGAUCCAGGAAUCCAUUGGGGAGGCAGUCAAUGGCAUUGUGAAGCACUUCCAUAAGCCUGAGAAAGAGCGAGGCAGUCUCACGUUGUUGCUUUGUGGAGAAUGUGGUCUUGUCUCAGCUCUGGAACAGGCUUUCCAGCAUGGAUUUAAAUCGCCCCGGCUCUUCAAAAACGUCUUCAUCUGGGAUUUCCUGGAAAAAGCACAAACCUAUUAUGAGACACUGGAGCAGAAUGAAGCGGUCCCUGAAGAAAAUUGGCAUACAAGGGCUCGAAACUUCUGCCGAUUUGUCACUGCAAUCAACAAUACUCCCCGGAACAUUGGCAAGGACGGCAAGUUUCAGAUGUUGGUGUGCUUGGGAGCCAGGGACCACCUCCUGCACCACUGGAUUGCCCUGCUGGCCGACUGCCCCAUCACCGCACACAUGUAUGAGGAUGUGGCACUGAUCAAAGACCACACACUCGUUAACUCCUUGAUCCGAGUGCUGCAGACAUUGCAGGAGUUCAACAUCACGCUGGAGACAUCCCUCGUCAAGGGCAUCGACAUCUGACUGAGCACCAGCCAGCAGCAGCACUGGGAAAAGACGCCCUAGCAGCUCUGCGCCUUCUUCCCAAAGGGAGACCUAUGCGGGGGACAGAGAGGAGAUGUACACUCACUGUAAAAAGAAAACUAGAGGAUUUUUGGAAAAAAAAAUAAUCUAUUUUAGAGUUUAUUUGCUGAUUUACUUUUUACACACUUUCAUGUGAAAGAGUGAUAGGGAGAGGGAGCGAGGUUGGUGCCGCUUAUUUUGAAGCUGGUGCCCUCCCUCGUGGGGCCAUGCACUGGGAGCCUGGGCCUCCUGGACUGAGCCUGCGCACAGGCAGGGCUCUUCUCCACCCUGCUGUGCUGCAUUCAUGAGGCCAUUCCACAUUGUUUUUAACCGAUGUUUUCUACAUUAACAUUAUUAUGGAUGUUUGGCUUUCACGGACCACACACAGUUGUGCUGCGUGGGAAGCCCCCUGCUCCAUCAAAGGGAUUUUUAGUAGUGCCUCUAAGCGAGCACUGAGGAAUCAGCCCCACAUUUUUUUUUUUUGUCAGUAUUAUUUGGGAAGAAGACAUGCCUGGAUGUGUCAUCAUGCUGUCAUCGUGUGGAAAGUUACAUUUCCUGGUGGCACACUUUAGAGAAGUAAACAGAAGCAUGUUUUAACAGGUUUUUCUUUUUUUUCUCUUAUAUUUUAUUUAUUUAACUCUACAUUGUGUGUUUUAAGUAUUAUUUUCUUUUUUCUUUUUUUAAGGAAAGAUAAAGCUUGUCACACUCUAACUGGCUAUGUUAUUACUGUUAAAUUUAUAUUGUUUUGCAACUUAGAAACCAGCUACAAUAUGGCCCACUUAAUAAAACACCUGAAACAGAA